AAAUCAAUUUAACCAAUUGGGCCAAGGGCUGUGAGCUGCAAUGGGCAGAUGGUGCUAUGAUAUUACAAGAGGAGGUGGGAUUUCAAGCAGGUUUGUCUCUGUUUUAAUUUGGGGAAGGGCAGGCAAGGAUCCGUUUUUACAGUUGUGUUAAAGCUACCAGAGGGUUAACACGCCUAUUAUAUUUAAUUUCCCAACAAAAAUUCACUAGAAAUUGUGUAGUGAAAUAUGGUGGCAGACUAGCAGUGUCAUCUCAGGGUACAGUCAAGGCUGUAAAGAAAGUCACGGGUGGCUGCAGGUUGCCCUCUCUUGACCUAGAUUAUUUUCUGAAUAUGGGAUUUAAUUUCUGAGCAUGAAAGUUAGAUAAUUUCUUAAGACUAUGAAUUUAAUAUUUUGGAAUAGGAACUCGUCCAUAGGGCUUCCCUGUUGUCAGGGAGCAACUUCUUGGUCCUAAUACAGUCUAUCAGUACACUCAGGAAUCAGUUUAGGUUGUGCAUCAUCUUGCCUGAUUGAGGUAUUAUAAAUAAAGCUGCUGAACCCAGGAAAUAGAUCUCUUGGGCCAAGGGAGUUGCCUUAGUGGAAACUCUAGAUGCACUUGUUUCCUGAUAGUAGGAUUUUGUUUAUUUCUUAUUAUGCCUUCUUGGUGGUUUACUCCACUGUCCUAUUUUUACUUUCUUCUUUAAUAAACUUUCCUUAAACUGGAUCACUGUGCUGGCUUAAAUUCCUAUUUGCACUGUCAAAAGAUAGUUCCCCUCUUCCUACUUCCAUUUCCCCAGACCUUGGAAGCUUAUUAAAGGUAGGAGAGGACUAAAAAAAAUCCAGGCUAAUUGCUUAUCCAGCAGAAAGUGAGAGUUUACUUGGCUGUCUCCUUACUCCCAAUUAAACACUCCAUACUUGGAGAGGAAACCUCUCUGUCUUGGGGGAUUAGGAAACUAAUUAAUGACAAAAACAUAAAGGGGAGAGGCACUUGGUUAUUACUUUGUUCUAUAGGGCAGUGCAGGGAAUGGCUGUUGUCACUGGAGGCACAGAGAAAGGGUUCAAGAUACGAUGGAGGCAGAGCAAGAUCACACACUUUUCCUGAUUUUUCUCUUACUUUACUCGUAAAGGUAUACAAGUUGUCUUACCUUUUCACCAGCUUCAUGAUUUCUUCGCAUUCUUAGCAAGCAUUUUCUCGCCUCUUGACUUGAUAGCUUGACAUGGUCUAAAGUAAAAGUACCAAACAAUCAUUUUUCCCUCUAGAUCUGCAUUUGUUUCCAAAACCAUUCUAAGUAAGCAAAUCUGUACACAGGAUGAUACAUACCUAACGUGUCUGUUCCUAACGUGUGAAUUAUUCCGACCCCAGCCCCUCAGCCCUACUUCCCAUUGACCACUUUAGAUCUAAAGAAAGGACUUGCUUAAUGAAAUGGCAUUGUUCCAUUUGCUCUCCCUGACUGAAGAGAAGAUAGGUGACUGGCUGCUUAAUUAAUUAAUUAAUUCUUUGGCAGGCAGAUGCUUGUCUGCCCUGUUCAACCCUAGCCAAACCUUAAGGUCAUCUUUCUCGUUCACUGCUGUUCUUUCCAGGGUUGUAUUUUAGUGAGUCAUCUCCCAGUCUCACCUAAUGGCUCAUAAAUCCUAAUUAGUGUCAAUUGCAGUCUGUCUUAGGUUUACCAGUCAACAUUAUUCUGGAUGGAAAUGAACAGUACACGGUCCAUUUUCAUCAGCCACUGGAGGUGUCUAACCCACUGUUGCCAUUGUAGGACUUUUAGCUGCCAGCCAACACUUCUAUUGCUCAGCUUCUUUUCCACCAAACUCUUUCUGAUUUUGACAUGUCACCCUAGUCUUCCCCCAGUAAAAUAGAGAUUUUGUUUUUGUUGAGCAAGAAGUAUAUGUGUCAGAUCUACGAUGUUGAAAUCCCAGUGUGAAGGUGGCUCAGUGGCUAAAAUAUAAUACUUGUGGCUUUUGAUUUGAGAAUAUUCAAGGUGUUUCUCCUUUAUAUUAGAAGGAGCUGUCUAUAAUACCAGCUGUUUCGUCGAUAACAUUUAUCUGGAUGAAGAGCCUCAAGAAAAUGGAGUGAUGAAUAAUGAAGCAAGGAAUGGCUAUCCGCUAAUAGCAAACCAGCAAACCAUGAUGGAACAGAGUGUAUUUGAACCUUCAGCUGCCAUCCCAACAGAUGAACCAGCCAUCAACAAUGUUCCUUCUCAGAACCCUAUAGAAGCUGCCCAAUGUACCAUACAGGUCUCUAUCUUCUACCGUGAGAAGCUACAGCGUGAAGCAGAAGUAAACAGCUGCAUGUUCACCUACAACCAGCAGAACUGCCACAACCAGCACAAUGCACAGAUCAUACAGUUUCCAAACCCAGAGGUGCUGACGGAUCAGAAGCAAAUUCAGCAUACCUUGAUUGCACUACAGACUGCAAAUUUAUUGUUAUAUCAGAAAAACGGGAAGAUCUGGGCCGAGCGACUUGGCCCCUGUAAGGUCUUCUGUGCAUUCUCCAAGGAGCUGGACAAUCGGUCUCAGGACCCUCCAUGUAAAUUGCUGCCAAGGAAUGUUGAAACUGAAAUCUUCAACUAUGAACAGUUCUUUCAAGAACUGAUUGAGUUCCGUGAUGGUCAAAGAAGCUCAUCUCCUGACUAUACCAUUUAUCUGUGCUUCGGACAGCAAUUUUCUGCUUCCAAACCCAAGGAGUCCAAACUGAUCUUGGUGAAGCUGGUUCCAAGUAUUUGUAAAUAUUGGCAUGAAGUCCUGCAGAGAGAAGGAUUCUCAUCCCUGAACAGUGAGAACGUGAGCCUACAAAUCUCCAACAGCCUCUUUGACAUGAUAGAACAUUUCAAUACCAUAUUCAUGCAGACUGAGACAGUGUAUUGAAUGCUUUGUACGCCGGUAGGAUUUGCAAAGGGUGAGGCUGGUUCUCUCCAUUUGUUUCAUAAGCAGAAGUACCGUAAUCUCCUGAUUGCAUCGCAGCCUUGCAUCUCAGGCUAGAUAACCCACUAAUUGGACUACUAUUUAUUGAGAUAAUCACACAGAUGGAACACUGCUAUUCCAGCUGAAUUCUUUCCAAGAACUUAUUGGAAUAUAUAUCUUGUUAUGUAGCAUUAUGAUAUGAAUUCCCCUCUGCCAGUAGAAGUCAGAUGUGCCACAAAGUUGAGGAAAUUCUUGCAAGAAUGUAUAUUCAUGCGAUAAGGAUUUUUGGAUAUUGCAGGGAUGAAUUUGGAUUCAGGAAUGCAAAUUUAUCUCCUACGUUUUAUAGGAAAAAACCUACAAUGUAUAUUCAAACCUGAAACUCAGUUGAUGUUUCCUUUCUCCAUGCAACUGCGCAUGAAACCAUUCCCAACUCUUACGGGACAGGGUUAGGAGCAAGGUUUUGUAUUUUCAGUCCUAAAAAGAAAAAAAAAACUACACAAGGAUUUCUUUCCCUCUGUAGGAAUUGAGUUUACUGUCCCUACAGAUGCUCCAGUUUUUAAAAUACUUGAAAGAAAAAUAUUUAAAAACUUAUGUUCGUGCAAGGCAAACUUCGUAACCAAUAAACUGUAUCAAAUUCCUUAGAAGUGGAAACAUUGGGAGCUGUUCCCUCUUGUAAUUUGGAGGGGGGUAAUCGAAGUAGAGUUACUUUAUUUAUCUCUGGCACUAAACUUUGUAUUAUAUUAUAGAUAUUGUAUAUUUUAACUUUAUUGACAAACGCAGGGCAUGUAAACUGUUCAGAAUCAGUACUGAUUGGAGCAGCAUGUAAAUCUUAUAAGUAAGGAAGUGUGGAAUCAAACACACAACCCAAAAGCAAAAUAAUCAAGGCUUCCCCAGAGUGUUUAUUAAACAGUAUGUACUGGAGGGACCCCACUAAGGGAUAGUGAGAGACACCCCUGCAGACAAAAGAGAUGCACUGAUAUUCAUACGUUUCAGAAAAGGAGAAAGGAAAAGAAUGCCGACAGACAUAUUCAUAUCAUGAUGCAGGCAUGCAUAACUAAGUAAGUAAUAGAUCUCAAGUUACUUUCUGCCCCUCUACUAUCUACAAGGAAAACAAUAGCCUUACUGAGAAGAAGA